AUGUCUUCCUACACUUUUGACUAUGAAGAUGAGAGCGAGGAUAUGCAGUUGCCCCUCCCGAAUGACCCCUCUUUGAUAUCCUACAAUAAUGUCGACUACUCCUUUUCCAUGUUGCCACACGAUGGGCAAAUGGCUAUUCCCUACGAUCGUCCUCCCAAUGUGAUGCUUGCCUAUGACCCUGCGAACCAGGGUGUGGGUGUGGGUGUGGUGACUAUGCCUAUGAAUGCCGAUCCCACAAACGCCUUCGCUUACCAUAUGCCUCCUAACUAUCUACCAACGCCCAUGGCUUCGAUGAACCAACAACUUCAGGCAUAUUCACCUUUCCCACAACAGCAGCAACAGCAAAAUCCUCAUUAUCUCCACCCUCAGCAAAAGCAGCAACAGCAGCAGCAGCAACCACAGCCACAACAACAACAGCCCCAGCAACAACAGCAACAACAUCAGCCACCACCACAGCAACAUCCACCACAGCAACAACAUCAGCCGCCACCACAGCCGCAACAUCAACCACCACCACCACCACCACCACCACAACAACAACAACAACAUGUCCCUCAAUUCACCGAAUAUAAUACCAGCUCCAACUCUACAUCCAGCUUUGGGGACUCGGACUUUUCAAGGACUAGUGACCCGUCACAGACACGCGCGCCAAGACAGACCCAAGAACGAAGGCGCCAGGACAACCAGCAUACGUCGUCUCGUGCCGCACUCCCAGUUGCAAUUCAGCCCAAGAGGGCCGUUGCCGUCAAAUCCCAAUCGCCAGGACUGAGUUCACCCGAGGCCGGUACAACGGACCACACUGGCAUCUACUCGUCGAGUGGUCUCGAUGUUCUCGGAGUCCUGAGUCGCGUCGCUAUGCGCCCUCAUCCCAAAAUAAAUAUCGGUUCCGUCGACUUGUCCUGUGCUUUUGUGCUCUGCGACAUUCUACAGCAGGACCAACCAAUUAUAUACGUCUCAGAAGCCUUUGAAAGAUUGACUGGCUAUAACAAAACCGAAAUUGUCGGUCGCAACUGUCGGUUCCUCCAAUCCCCCAGUGGUGCUGUCCAGUCUGGUGCGAAGCGGGUCUUUGUCGAUGGACAGACUGUCUAUCGCCUACGCUCAACCAUCGACGAUCGUAGUGAGAUACAGACAAGUAUUAUCAACUAUCGCAAGGGCGGCCAGCCCUUCAUCAACUUAAUUACUAUGAUUCCCAUUCAAUGGGAUUCAAAUGAGUAUCGAUACUAUGUUGGCUUUCAAGUCGAUUUGGUUGAGAAGCCUGAUGCAGUGACUGGGAGAAAUCCUGAUGGCACCUAUAGUAUUAAUUACCAACGAGACCAACAAUUAAUAUACAUGGUCCCACCGCCAGACUUGUAUAGGGCCCGACCGACUCAAUUCUCUCACGAUGAAGUGACUGCCAUUCUGAGCGCUGCGGCUGUCCCCGGCGCCCCAAUAUCGCGACAGUAUAUGGACCGCAUCUUGGUGGAAAACUCGGACGACCUGAUUCAUGUGCUUUCAAACAGCGGUGAAUUCUUAUAUCUCUCACAGGCUUGCAAACACAUUCUUGAAUACGAUCCCAUCGAGCUGGUGGGCAAACCACUAUCGACCAUCUGCCAUCCCAGCGAUAUCGGUCCAGUGAUGAGGGAUCUAAGAGCCACCACGACCUCCGCCCCAAUCAGUAUCAUACACCGCAUCCGUCAAAAAUAUAAGGGGUAUAUAUGGUUUGAGAGCCACGGGUCUUGGCAUAUCGAUCCCAGUGAGGGUCGCAAAUGGCUUGUCAUGACUGGCCGUCCACGACCUGUGUACUCACUAAACCAGAUUGCCAAAUUGGGAUCAUCAGCUGCACUGGCGGAGAACGACAUCUGGGCCAAGAUCUCUCUAUCUGGUAUCAUAUUGUUCGUGACUUCAGUGAAGAAAGUGCUAGGUCGCUCGACGGAUGAUCUAGUCGGAAAAGGUCUUCACGAACUGAUGGAAAUGGAGUCUGACGGCAACAUAAUAUCACAGGCUCUAGAGGCUGCAGCUCUUGGCCUAGACAUGUACACCCGUGCAAAAUCAAGUGACCCCCCCUCGUUCCGACAUCAGAUGCGUGACAAAAAGGGCAAUCUCCUUUCCGCGCAAACUACUAUUCACGCCGGAGAUCUCACCGAGUGUAGACCGUCAUUCCUUGUCGCGCAAAUCCGAUUUGCAAGUACUUUCACACCAUCUGCAACGGCCGUCGCAGCCGCAGCAGACGAAAUCAUCGGUCAGGUUCCUGGUAGCUCUAGGACAGCAACUGUUGUCCUCGAAGAUUCCCGCCCACCUCGUCGACAGGGUACUCUAGGACAACGUAGAUCCAACGUGCCAAGCCUCGGCUCAAACGCACUGCCACCUGGAAACCGCUGCAUAUCCCCCUAUGAUGCACCUGCCACCUUGUUCAACGAGUUAAUUCCAACCCGUGGAUCGAGCUGGCAGGCCGAGCUACGGGAGCUACAGAAACAGAACAUGGCACUGAACGACGACCUCGCUCGUCUACAAGCCCGGAGUAAGAAGCGUAAUAAGCGCAAGCCGAACGUUAAAAUAUCGUGCGCCAUCUGCCACACCAAGAACACGCCAGAGUGGCGACGUGGUCCAAGUGGGGAGCGGAACAUGUGCAAUAAAUGUGGAUUGAAAUAUGCAAAGGAACGACGAAGUAGAGAAGCCCAAGCCAAUCUCAGUCUCAAUCAGCGGGGAUAA